ACAGUGGUGAGUCCAGAAGAAGAAACAGCAGUGAGUCCAGAAGAAGAAGCAGCGGUGAGUCCAGAAGAAGAAACAGUGGUGAGUCCAGAAGAAGCACCGGUGAGUCCAGAAGAAGAAACAGCGGUGAGUCCAGAAGAAGAAACAGCGGUGAGUCCAGAAGAAGAAGCAGUGAGUCCAGAAGAAACAGCGGUGAGUCCAGAAGAAGAAGCGGUGAGUCCAGAAGAAACAGCGGUGAGUCCAGAAAAAGCAGCAGUGAGUCCAGAAGAAGAAGCGGUGUGUCCAGAAAAAGCAGCAGUGAGUCCAGAAGAAGAAGCGGUGUGUCCAGAAAAAGCAGCAGUGAGUCCAGAAGAAGAAACAGUGGUGAGUCCAGAAGAAGCAGCAGUGAGUCCAGAAGAAGAAGCAGCGGUGAGUCCAGAAGAAGAAACAGUGGUGAGUCCAGAAGAAGCAGUGAGUCCAGAAAAAGCAGCAGUGAGUCCAGAAGAAGAAACAGUGAGUCCAGAAGAAGAAACAGUGAGUCCAGAAGAAGAAGCGAUGACUCCAGAAAAAGCAGCAGUGAGUCCAGAAGAAGAAGCAGCGGUGACUCCAGAAGAAGAAACAGAGGUGAGUCCAGAAGAAGCGGUGGUGACUCCAGAAGAAGAAACAGCGGUGAGUCCAGAAGAAGCGGUGGUGACUCCAGAAGAAGAAGCAGCGGUGAGUCCAGAAGAAACAGAAGCGCCUCAGAAACCAGAGCGACCUGCAGACCUGGUCGUGCCUGCUGGUCGUUGUGUGAACUCCAGCAGUGAUGGAGCAGACAUGACUGGCUGUGACCGGCUGUCUCUGAGGAGCGACUCUUUGUCUCUGACCAGCGAGCCCGCCGUCUCCAGGAGGAGCGAGGAGGACGAUACGAGGAGCGUCGCUGCUUCUUCUGUCAUGUCCCUGUUCCACAGGGUGCAGCUGGAUCCUCUGGAGAAGGCCUGGUGGAGGAGCUCAGCUCUGGGGAACAUGGCGGCUCAGCGCCGGCUGCUGGCUCAGGAUCCCGGCCUCGUGUUGAAGAAGGAUUUCAUCACUACGGCGCUUCACUGGGCAGCGAAGCAGGGCCGUCAGGAGGCGGUGGACAUGAUGCUUUGCUCCGGCGCCGACGUCAACGUCAGAUCGCACGGGGGUUACACAGCUCUCCACCUCGCCUCCAUUCACGGCCACCAGCACAUCAUCCACAUCCUGAUCAACACUUACAAUGCUAAAAGCAACAUAAGAGAUUAUCACGGGAAGAUUGCUGCUCACUACUGGAGCGGCUGCACCGACAUCUUCAGCAGACCAGACCCUCAGUCAGGUGGGAGGUUUUCUCGGAUACGACGGACGCAGCGUUACGCUCUGCCGUCCUUGCUGCUGUCUCGCUCUCGCAGUCAGGGACAGCUCAACCUGGAGUUCGGGACGCCGCCUCAGUCGGCCUCUCACGCUGCGUUGGACCUGCAAGUGUGACGUUUACGUUCCUGCCGGCAGCCACAAACCCGGAUUCAUGUUCUGUCUCACACUGACGACCUUUCUGACAACAUUAGAUGAUUAAUUCAUUAGCUGAUUGGUUUGGUAAUCAAUUCAUGGUUUCAAUCAUUUUUCAAGUGAAAAAAAUCAAAUAUUCUGAAAUUUCAGACCUUCAAAUGUGACGAUUUGGUUCUUUUUGUCAUUCAGUCAUUUGGCAGAUUUAUCCAAAGCAACUUACAAGUGAGGAGAGACAAUCAAGACUCAUAUUCAGAAGUUUUCCUUUUUUGUUUUGUUUAAUAAUUGAAAUAUUAAUAAUAAUAUCACGGUCAACUGUUGGUUGCUGGUAACUGUUAAUUACAGGAUUCAAAUGAGAAAAUACAAGAAAUGUCAACCUGGUUCGUAAAAAUGUUCAUAAUUUCUCUUGAUACUGUAAUAAAAGGCAGAACUAAGUUCUAAGUGAAUAAAGUUUAUAUUGAAAACA